CUUUCUUUCUUUCUUUCUUUCGCUUUUCUUUUUCAGAGUAUGGCCUCUAUCCAGCCUCCUUCUAGUUAUGGCACACCUUAUUGUUCACGUAUCCGGUCGAUGCAUGGUCACAAAUUACCUGCCCAGCCUGAGGGCGCGGUUCUGUCAUUUGGUGUUCCAAAAGAUUUCGACAAUCUACAUCAUCAAAUGGGGAUAAAGAGCAAUAGCUGGUUUACAUAUGACAGAAAAAAGAGCUAUUCAUCUACAACGGCGUCAUUAGCUACCACAAUCGUUUCGGUCGAAGAUAAAAAAAUAAAUCUAUCAAAGAGAAUGAACCGAAGGUCGUAUGCUGCCAAUAGUGUCAAGAUCAGACAAGUGGAAGUGGGUCCGAGCAGUUUCACAAAGAUACGGCUACUAGGCAAAGGAGAUGUAGGCAAGGUCUAUCUCGUAAAGCAAAAGGGGACAGAUAGGCUUAUGGCAAUGAAAGUUUUAUCAAAAAAGGAAAUGGUACGUCGAAAUAAAGUCAAGCGAGUCUUGGCAGAACAAGAGAUAUUGUCAAGUGCGAACCACCCCUUCAUUGUAUCACUCUACCAUUCAUUUCAAAGUCAAGAUCAUGUCUAUUUCGUCAUGGAGUAUUGCUCAGGAGGUGAGUUUUUUCGAGCAUUACAAUCAUGGCCUGGAAAAUGUCUUUGUGAAGAUGAGGCAAGGUUUUAUGCUGCUGAAGUAAUAUCAGCAUUAGAAUAUUUGCAUCUUCAAGGCUUCAUUUAUCGAGAUUUAAAACCAGAGAACAUCCUGCUCCAUGAAAGUGGGCAUUUGAUGCUGGCCGAUUUUGACCUCAGUAAACAAUCAUUGCCUGUAAGCCCACCUGGGAUCUACAGUACUCCUAAUGCUCCACCCUUAGUGGAUACAAGAUCAUGCAUAGCACAAUUAAGGACAAAUAGUUUUGUGGGCACAGAGGAAUACAUUGCACCUGAAGUUAUUCGAGGGUGGGGACAUACCAGCAGUGUCGAUUGGUGGACAUUAGGCAUUCUGAUCUAUGAGAUGCUAUAUGGUACAACACCGUUCAAGGGAUACAAUCGAAAUGAGACAUUCUCCAACAUUAUAAAAAUGGAUAUCAGCUUCCCAACGACUAAAAGAAAUAAAGAGACGCAGGCGGUAUCUUAUCAUUGUAAAUCACUUAUAAAGCAAUUACUUGCAAAGCAAGAAAAUAGGAGGUUAGGAUCUAAAGCAGGAGCAUCCGAAGUCAAGGCUCAUUCAUUUUUUAAACCGAUCAAAUUUGCUCUUUUACGACAUAUGACACCUCCUAUUAUACCUGGAAGUAAUUUUGAUGUGCCUCUCUAUUGUCAAAAAAAAAGUGAAUGUAGAGAAUCAAGUAUAACAGAAGAAGAGAGAUGUAUACCUUUGUCACUGCAGGAUCCAUUUGCCAAAUUCAAUUCUGUUACACUCUAUCAUGAAGGAGAUUCUGAUACAGAGGCAAUCUCUCUUGAUGAAGGAGAUUAAAAAAGUGUAAAUAAUUAUGCAAAUUACAACUUACACAGACGGUUACAGAUUGUGUAAAUAAAUAAAAACAGUUUCAGGAAUUCCC